AUGAAGUGCUUAGCCGUCGCUCUAGCCCUAAUAGCCAUGGCUGCUGCCCAGAAUGAAAGCAUGAACUACUACAACUGCCUGACGGAUGCUGGACCAUGUACCCCUGAGGGCAAUGAAUUGAAGCGUGUCCUGCCGGAAGCUCUGGAGACGAACUGUGCCAAGUGCAGUCAGAAGCAGCAUGAAUCUGGGACUCGUGCCAUCAAGUACGCAACCGAAAACAUCCUGGAAAGGUUCUGCGGGCUCGCUUUGAUCCGGAAAACAAGUAUGUCGCGCAAUAUCUGGCGGAAGCUGAAAAGGAAACUGUAA